AUGUUAAUUUUAAUUACAGGUGGCGUUGGCGGGUCAGGGGUGUCAGUCUCCACCCAGGCGGACAUAGCGCAUUCGGCAAAAGGCUACGAAUCAGAGGAUGAAAACGCGGGCAGAAAGAGACAGAAGGCCAACGAAGACCGGCCAGCCAGCAAGACCACCAUGUACUCAAAGCAGGAGUUCCGAGAGCAAUACUGCAUCAACAACAAACAGUUGGAUUUGUUGGAGUUGGAAAAAUCAAAGAAAGACAGAUUCCUCGGCUGCUUGUCGCAAUACCACAUCGAGAGUCCAUGCUCGAGAGCCAACAGAGCGUCAUUUUUAUCCGUGUGCGUCCGGCGGCGAGUGCCCUCGGAUGAGAAUCUCAACACCGAUUAUGCACCCAUACAGCGGUAUCCCAGAUUUGGCCAACCGGCGCCAGCACCGCCCGAGCUGUGCGCAUACGACGCAGACCUGGAAUGCUCCUACUUUCGCCGAAGGCCUCGCUCCGUUUGCAGUCAACCUGACCCCAAACGCUACACCUGGAUGCCUGAGGAUGAAGACUUCACCCGGAUGGAGUGGCCACAAUCGGUAAUAGAAGAUAACGCGGGUUGGCCGCAAAGUUACAAUGUCGACCAAAUCGCGUCCGUCAGUCGAGGAGGGUCCCUUCCGAGGCCACCUUCAAUAAUACCUUGCCCUGCACACGCUCCCAUACCGCCACCGCCUCCACCACCACCCCUCACUAUACCUCCACACAGAACAAAACACGUGUCGUUCGCCCGUUCCCAUACACUAACGACUUUCGACGAUUCCGUGAUGCCUGCAGCCGUUGGCGGAAGUCGUUUCAGGCGCGACUGCGAACGUUUGAUUGAUGGGAGAGUGGUCAAGCAAGACAAGCCUUAUUCGACAUUGCCAGUGAUGUUUCAACCGUUUGCGCCAUUCCCGCAAUACAUGGCGGCACCGAGCGCGCCAGGACCGAUACACUAUCCACCUCCGAUCGCUACCUUACCAACGCAUCCAGUAGCGCCACUGCAAAGACCGCCGCAACAGGAGAAGCCAAAAGUCGUCGUAUUAGAUUCAAUCAAAAAAGGAGUAAUGCGCACACAGGCUACACAGACAGAAGUUUGCCUUGGAAGGAAACCUUUACCUCCAAAUUAUUUGUCUUUAAGCCCUAGAACUAUUAAAAGAGUUAAAAUGGUAGCAGCUGGUGUUCAAACUAACGGCUACACUGUUGGUUCACGGAGACUUACAAAAUCGUUUUCUGAGGUUGGAGGAGAUCGCUUAAUGGGGAGAGAAACGCAAAAUGACAUCGAAACUACUUUCGAAAGCUUCAUAAACCAUGACCAUGAAAAGUUACAUAGAACUCAAUCUGAGGAACCACCAAGAUCACCGCGAUCACCCACGUCGAUAAAGCCAUCAUCACCUCUUAUGCAAAGAGGAGAUUCUGAUGAUGUUACUUCCUCCUCUAUAAAAUCUAUCGCAUCAUCAUCGCAAGUGGACAAAUCCUCAGAAUUGAGUGCCUUACAACGACAAACUCAAGAAUAUUUUCAACAAAACUAUCAAUUUAUUCACGAAAGUGAUCGUGAUGACACAAUUGACGACGAUAUUGAGAACAUAGAAAAGAGUAUGGCACUUAAUCGACGUAACUUGGAAUAUUUACAACAAGAAAUUGCAAAACAAACCAAAGCUGAGGGGUCUCUGAAAUCAAUUUUGUCUAAAAGCACAAGUGACGCUUCACAAAAAACAAUAAAUUCUUCGCACCCCUUAUCAAAAACUUCAACGUUUCAAUCUGAACCUUCAACUGAGACAUCGGCAACAACAACAGAUGAUAGCGAGAAAAAUGAAAAAGAAAUAAUAAUAGAUUUUGAGCCACGUCCUGACGAGGAAGCUAUACCAUUUACGACACUCCGAAGGAAAAAUAAAAGAAUGCUACAGAAAACAAUGUCUGAAGGCGAAAUUUUAUUAGAUGCAAGGAAAAAUGAAGUUAGUUCAAACAGUGAAGGAAUCAAAGACGCACCGAUUGUUAUGUCAACUAGCCAAGAAAACAUGACUAGGGAAGAUCGUGAAAGAGACACCGCCUACAAACAAUAUGUUGGGCAAAAUUAUAAUCAGACGCCAAUCAAGGACGAGGGUAUAUUCGGCUUUGAGCCAGAUGGGUCGUUCAGUUCUUCCGACGGGAAUGCACCAUAUGAAGAUUUUCAUGAAAAAUAUAUUAGUUACAAGCAUGAACCAUUUAGAAUUCGAAGUGUUAGUUUUGAAGAACAAACAGAUACCAAGGAAGAAAUACCUUCACCCAGCACAGCUAAAUCUAGUCCGGGCUCUCCAGACCCUUUGCUUAUCGUAAACGAAAUGGAACAAAAGGUGAAACGAGCUGUAAUUUCCAAUAACGUAACAACAAUCCUCACACCAUUAGACAAAACAUCACCGUGUGCAUCUAACGAGUCUCUCACUAUUGACCAUAGCAGGGAUCACUCUGAUGGAAUGUGGAAUGAAUCGCAAACUACAGUGUUACAAGUUGACUCUGGUACAGAAAAUGGAACUGUAAUAAGCUCUUCAGAUCUUAGUUCUCUUGCCGCAUCCCCUGGAGCUCUUGCGUUGUUAACGCCUACAUCCAGGAGGAAACAACUUCUAUUAUUACAGCAUCAACAACGCUCAUCUUUAGACACUGAUGCUCUAGAUGAAGAAUUUGAUGCGUCGCAGAGUCAAUCACCCACCUCUCCACGAACAAAAUUAGAAACAUCUAGUAUAAGCUCAGCUCAGCAAAUGAGGGCUUCAUUAUCACCGCCAGCGGUAGUUCCUAGCAUCACACUACCCAUAACAAAGCAACCCAUGAUUUCAAAAUCCCCAUCGCCAACAGUAGCACCUAAACCUAAUCAUACGCCAGCCAUUGCUAUUACGCAUCCAAGUCUAGAUUUAACGGAUGUUCCAUUUAAAAGAACGCCCAGUUUCAUAAAUAAAAAGAGAGAAAGAGCACUAAGUCCAUCAAGACGAAGAGAACUUCAAAAUAAAGCUCAACAGAAGGAACCCAACGGAUCAGUACCGAAACUGAUCAAGGAAUUGCCAUCCGAACCUACACUAACAAAAACUACAAGCAGUGAAACCAGUCUUGCCAGAACUGAUUCAGGUAAAAUUAAUACCACUGAUGUGUCUGAAAGCACUACGACAACUGAAGAUUACGUUACUGCAAAUUCUGAUAGUUCGAAAAGAAGUAAUAGCAAAAAUCAAAAUAGUCAACCUGAAAAUAAUAAAACACAAGAAGGUUCAUCUUUUGAAAGCGCGUCUAGUCUAUAUUCAUCAACUAAAACAGAUAACAUAGCAGAAGAUUUAAUAGUUUCAAGUUUUUCACCACCACUUCAAAUAAGUGAUGACUUAAUAGUUCCCGACCUGUCAUCGCCCCCGAUGCCAUUAUCAGAAAGAAUUUCAAAACCCAGUGUGGAAAGGUUCGAAGUAAAAGCUGAUAUCAAUCACACAAUUCAACACCCAAGGAGAGAGAAGACUGAAAUAAAUAAACCUAAAGAAGAAAUUCCAAAAACUUUUUGCAAGAGCACAACAAAGCGUGAUACAAUAAGCGGUAAAAGUAGUUCUAGUGGUAGCUACAGUAUAAGUGGCUCAAAUCCAAAUGUCACUGAAAAUAUUGACAAUAAGAGUUACGGCAAUGAACAACCAAAGAAAAUUUCCGAAAAAGUUAUUACACAAGUAAAAGAAGAUCAUAAGGAUAAUCAAGAUCAAUCGGAACAAUUGGUACCAAAGAUGACAGGGUCUCUAUCCGAUGAUGAAAGAAGUGCCCAUUACUCUUCUUCUGGAUAUUAUGAAAGUCCUGUAGAUGAUGAAGAUGACGGUGGACUAACAUACAAACAUUCUCAGAAAUACAGAUCUAAUACUAGACAAAAGUCAUGGUUAGCCGAUGACAAAAAAAGAAAAAAGAGGGCUUUUACGCUUGAAUUUUCAAAAUCAUACGACGAUUCAAUAUCUACAUCCCAAGAUGAUUGGGGCCGUAAUGAAAUUGACUUUAGUAUACGCUCGGAAAGAAAUGUAUUUAAAAAUUACAGUGAAAAGUCUCCUACAGAAGAUAAAAUCUCCGAUACAAGGAAGAAGAAAACACAUUUUGUAGAAAAAACAAAAACUAUUCAAGCAUCACCCAAGGAAAAUGUUGAUAGUGAAAAAAAAUUUAAGGAAAAAACGUUAAAGGAUAAAGAAAUAGAAAGUAAACGGCCGAUUGAGAGAGAAAGUGAGCAAUACAGAAAAGAAGGUAUUGGCAACGGAAAUAUAUCGCCUCGCAAACACAGACGUUUGCGAGACAGUCCGCGAAGAAAAACUGGAACUAAUUCAGUUUUAGCAAAAUCACCUACUUCAGCAAAUAAUCAUAGUUACAGACCACGCAGAAAAAGUGGCUCAAAUGAAAGUAUAUCACUUCCCGGUAGUUUACCUAGAAGAAAACAAUCAAUUCCCACGGUACCUUGCAUGAGCUCACUUGAAGCCGAAGAUGUAGAAACUACUCGCACUCUUACUAAUGCUGGAUCAAGAUUAACACCUUUACGAUACGUUAAAAGCCCGACAACAUCGCCUCAUCACCAUCGCAAGCAAGAUAAAGAGGGGAAAUUUGCAAAAGCGGCAUCCGCAGAAUCCCUUCGGUCCGUUUCACCAGGGUCGGAUUCUGUUUUUUAUUCAGAACAAACGGAGCAUAGCCUUGGUGGUGCUGAUGGCGAGGCCAAAGCGCAUUGUUUACAUUGCGGAAAAGAAGUCCAUAUAGUAACAGCAACGCAUGAACAUGACAGUCGAGCUUCGAGGACCUCUCAUACAGACGAAUCCUACGCUGAUGCAACGCCUGAUAUAGUUCCUGCACCAGCUGGUUUCGCUGAUUCACCUUCCUGCAUUCCUCCUAAAAAGUCUGCAAGUGGCGCGCGACUCUACAAAAAACUUGACAAAAGAUAUCGUUCUGAGGAUAAGUCGAGACACCAUUACCGUCAUAGACAAGAUGUCCGAGCUAAGUCUGAAGAAAGGGGUAAAGAAGAAUAUGCUUGCUCUGAAAAACCACAAGAUACUCGGAUCGCUCGUUCAGCUGGAAAUAGUCUUGAUAAGUUAGCAGGAUCUACGGGGAGCGUAGAUCCAGAUGAACACGAAGAAUGUUCCGGCAGUUCUGAAGGUGCCGAGAAUUGUCGCGAAGAAAAGGGAGUGUAUGCAGCGCCGUGGUGGUGCGGUAAUUGGAUUUUAUUAUCUGAAAAUGACGACCAUUGGACCAGAAUUCCACCUGACGUAAUUGAUACAACGGACUCAAGUCACGAUGACCCUACAGAAUCAGAAGUGGAAUUUAACAAAAGAUACGUCGCUUUAACACACAGACUUGUACAUAGGCGAGCGUGUAUUGAAUUGAAUAGGAGACAGGCUGAUAACAGUUUCGGUGCAAAAGUUCACGGUCAAGAUUCAUCUUUACAAUAUCUCAUCAUGGGGCAUACAUUUGUAAACGUGUUAAAUAGUUCAAGCGGGAGUUUACGGGACAAGUUGGAAGAAAUUUUUAAAUUAAUGCUGGUGCUGUGGUGUCGACAGUCGCAAAUUAAUAGGCUUGUUGCCUUGGAACCAUGUGAAAGCGACAAGACUGUGGUUGUGCGACGCGGAAAUGAGGAAUUUGGAUUCAGGAUUCACGGCAGCAAGCCCGUCGUGGUGUCAGCGAUCGAACCUGAUACACCGGCCGAAACCUCCGGACUAGAAGUAGGCGACAUUGUCAUCGCAGUAAACGGGAUAAAUGUUUUGGACAAGACACAUUCUGAAGUAGUUAAAAUAGCACACUCUGGCUCAGAAAUAUUAGAAUUACAGGUCGCUAGAACGUGUGACGUUGUGGCCUCAUUAGCCCACGAAGGCGGUCCAGCGGCUUUGUACUCCGGUUACCUUUGGAGAGCAGCGCCAUUGAGGCCUCACCAUCCCCCCCGCUGGACCCGUAGAUGGUUCGUCUUGAAGCGAGACAACUGUCUCUACUAUUACAAAACGGAUUCGAGCGUCCAUCCAGUUGGAGCGUUGAUGCUUGUAAACUAUCAGCUGACGGAAGAGGACGCCGGGCGACCACACGGAUUUCGACUUCAACGCGGUGGCGGAACAAGGCUACAACUCGCUGCUGACACCGCGGAAGCGUCCGCUAGAUGGCGCGCUGUGCUCGCCCACGCCAUCGACGCCAGCAACCAACGGGAUGGGUGGCUAGAGGUGACAAUGAGGAACAUGAAGCUGCCGCCUUCAUCGAUUCUGCGACCGGACUGUUUCGGGUACCUCAUGAAGCUCGGCUCUAAGUGGAAGUCCUGGGCGAAACGGUACUGCGUGUUGAAGGACGCGUGCCUAUACUUCUACAACGAUGGGAACAGCAAAAGUGCUUUUGGUAUGGCCUGCCUACACGGUUACCGGAUACAAACAUGUGCACCGGGCGGUAAGAAAUACGCCUUCGAAGUGAUGCCAACUGAGCCGAAGCAAAGGCACUUUUACUUCCACACCGAAUCCGAAAUGGAUAGGAAGCGGUGGAUGGCAGCUUUAGAGUAUUCUAUAGAUCGAUGGAUGAAGGCUGGU